UGUGUGAGGUGUGUGUGUGUUUGUGUGUGUGCAUUAUGGGUGUGCCCGUGUGACGUAGGCACAGACGGGGGGGUGGCCUAGCGACAACUUCAGGUGUGUUUGUGUGGGAAAGAGAAAGAGAGGACAAACAAAGAAAAACGGCGCCGAAACCAACAUAACUACAGAGCCAAGGGACAGAGGAGAAAUACGAUACAAGCAGCCAGAUGAAAGACAGUGGGGGAGAUGGCCUUUUUUCUCAGAUUGUGAAGAUUUCCAGGAAACUGGCAGCUCUGGGCCCGUCUGGACUUGUCAAGUCCAAGGUGGAGUCUUCACCCAUGAAGACGACAUGGUACUGCCCAUUGGAUCUGUCCACAGUGUCAGAACAGGAGGAGGAAGGAGUAAUCUACACAGUAAUGGUGAAGCAACAGCAUGCCGCCCCCACCUGUCCGACGCCCCUGACCUCACGUUCUCAGUGUGUGAAAGCGGGAACAGAGGAGAAGCUGGUCCUCCACCUCCUUCACUCCUUCUCCCUUGGCGACUCCUCUUUCGUCUCCAUCUUCCUCUCCACCUACCGCUCAUUCACCACCACCCAGAGAGUGCUGGACAUCCUGACGGACAGACUGGAGCAUCCACCAGGGGAGACCAAAGGGAGCCAGGGCAGACUGGCCUUCAACAUGGCGGUGUGCUCUGUGUUUAGUGCAUGGCUGAACGAGUAUCCGGAGGACUUCCGGUCACUCAAUGACCCCGCCCCCAUCCUCCGUCUCACCCCCCUGCUGCCCACAGACCCCUCAGGGUCAGAGGUCAGAAGUCGCCUCUUGCGAAUUGCAGAGGAACUCAGUGAGAGGGCAUUGCUGUGUGACUCCCCAACAGAUAGUGUUGCCUCUGUGAACUCUCCCACCACCCCUGUGAGCUCCACAUUUGAUGACACCAAAAUUCUUGGUUUCCCUGCAAACCUUAUUGCUGAGCAGCUCACGAUGAUAGAGACGGAACUCUUUGUCCGCCUGGUUCCCUACCACUGCUUGGGGUCUCUGUGGUCCCAGCGAGACAAGAAGGGCCGAGAGGGGGUGUGUUCGUCGGUCCGGGCCACAGUCCGGCAGUUUAACCGCCUGGCCAAUGCUGUCACGGCCUCCUGCCUGUGGAACACCAGCCUGCGGCCCCAGCAGAGGGCCCGGCUCCUGGAGAAGUGGAUCAGCGUUGCAGAGGAGUGCCGUGCCAGGAAGAACUUCUCUUCACUGUAUGCCAUUGUGUCUGCCCUGCAAAGCAACCCCCUUCACCGCCUGAGGAGGACUUGGGCUGAGACAGACAGGGAGGCAGUGAGGAGGUAUGAAGAGCUGUCAGAAAUUUUCUCUGAGAAGGACAACUACUCUCAGAGCCGGGAGCUGCUCAAAGAGGAGGGCACAUCAAAAUUUGCAAACAUGGACACUAAAGUAAACCACAGAAGGCCAACUGGGUCCGUCGCCCAGGGUACUGUCCCCUACUUGGGCAUCUUUCUCACUGACCUUACCAUGCUGGACACAGCAGUCAAAGACAGACUGGAGAAUGGCUACAUCAACUUUGACAAACGAAGACGAGAAUUUGAGGUUUUAGCUCAAAUAAAACUCCUACAGUCCUCAUGUAAAAAUUGCUCGUUCAAAUCUGAUGAAGCUUUUCUACAAUGGUACCAUAGUGUACCAACUUUGACUGAGGCAGAGAGUUACAGACUGUCCAAUCAGAUUGAAGCACUGACUGAACCAAGCCCUGGCCGUGGCCUGAACCCUACAGUAGUCGUCACACACUGCCCAGACCUUCCCCUCUCAGAGGCCAGUCCAGCCGAGACUGAAGGGGUUUUUGACCUCCCUUCUCCUGUCAAUCAUCUACUCUCUAGACUUGCCAAGCACAUGAAAUCACCCUCAGUUUCCUGUCUGGACGUUGAUUCCUCUCCUUCAUCCACCGAUCACACCCCCUCCGCAUUGACCCCAUCCACCAACGUCAUCAAAUCACAUCGACGUUCUGUCUCCUGCGGCAGUACUCCCACCAAUAACAGCCAAGGGGCUGGGCCAGAUAUGCGAAUCAUCAGGAUACGGAUGGAUAUACAGGACGGAAAUUUGUAUCGCAGCAUACUGGUGACAAGCAAUGACAAGACCCCGUCAGUAAUUAGUGCCGCUUUAGAGAAGCACAAUCAAGACCCUAAAGAAGCCCCUAGAUAUGAGCUGAUCCAGCUGCUGCCUGAUGGAAAAGAGCUGACAAUACCUGCCAAAGGAAACGUCUUCUAUGCUAUGACCUCAUCCAGUGUGGACUUCCUGUUGAGACGGAAAGGAGUAACCACACCACUAACUCCUCACUCGCUCGGUGGUGAGACCAGUGCCACCUUCCCACGAAUCAAAGAGAAAGGACGAAGGCUGGUCAGGACCCUUUUUUGACACCACCUCCCUUUUCAAAUCCGGAAGCACACUCCAAGUCUUGAGUCAAAUUGGACUUGCGGCAGAACUUUACAUAAGCCAUGUCCUGUUGUCCCAUUCAUAUUCACUGAUUGUAGCUACUUUUGGGAGCUGUAGAUAGGGUUUUUUUUUUUUGCUUUGGCUGGGGCAACUGUCCAUCAGAACUAGUCCCCCUAAGAUUCCUUUUUCAGCUCAACACUUCUUGUUUGUGAAUUGCCGUAAUUAAUAUCAUCAAUAUCAAUAUCAAUAUUUCUCAAAGACAAUGAUGUUUUCAUAAUAUGCAUUCCUCACUGUAAAGGCAGAGGCAAUAGUGACCCUAGUGGCCCAUCUGAGAAUGUAACCAGUGUAGCAAAGAAACCCCUCUCCUGUCUUCUUGUGGGCUGAUUUAUUUCUUUCACCGGCCUAAAUCCAGGUGGGGAUACAUGUAAAAAUUUGACACACCUCUAUAAAUAUGCUUCACACAUUGAUGCAUUGAUGCACACUGUCCUGAGGGAUCCAGAUUCUCUCUAAGAGGGACUUUAAUAUAAGCUGUGAGCUUGUCACGUUUAACUGAUGAAUUAGAUCAGUACAGGCGAAAGCCCCUGACUCAUGGCCAAAGGAUUAGGGGCUCAAAUCUCAGGGUGGACACCAGCAUUGUGCCCUUAAGAAAGGUACUGCAGAAAUUGCCGUAAAUGUACAAUUUUGUAAGCGCUGGACACAGGUUUGAACUCAGCGUAAAGAGAAGAAUGGCUUUAAUUCCGUGUGGCCUGGAGCCACAACCUCAGCACACCAAGUAAUCGCACGGCUGCUGACUCCUCGUCCUGCAGCGGCAGCAGAGGCAGUUUUUAAAGGCUUCUUUCUUGUUUGAGAGAAACAGAAACGCCAUCGCUGGCUGGGUGGGAUCUCUCAUGAGUGGGUGAAUCAGAGUCUGAGGACUGUGGGAGGGGUGGGGAAUGAUGCAAAACUGACAUGCAGCUGAGUAAGACUUGCAUAGUGACAUUCAGCGAUUGAGGAAAUACUUCAUUGUGGUGAUAAACUCACCAAACUUAUUCCAAGGACUAAGACAAGCAUUUUAUUUUUAUAACACUGCAAUACAGUAUGACUGUUUGUGUAAUAUUUAUAGCUCUAUAUUAUUAGUGCAGAUUACUUUCAAAAUCUGUUUACAUUUCUUAAUAGCUGUCUGUUCAUGUGUCAGAAAUGUAUAUCAAACUGUGAGCGUGAUACUGCCAAUGUGAACACAUGCUACACUACCAGGGUUUUACCUGAGCCGCAGUGAUUGGUCAGUUGAGGUCCAGGUGGGUUAACAAUGUACGGCAUUCUACUACAAUGUAAAAAGAACAUCCACUGUAUGAACAGAAUUUAUAAAUGUGUCACCUUAGACAACAUUGUCAUGAGGAUGAUGUUGAACAGAUAUAGAUGCAGGCCAAACAGGUUAACCUAAGUGUAUUUGUGGUCCGCAUAUACCAACUAUUCAGAUGAAUACAUUGUCUGUAUUACUAAACCAGAGAUGAAUACAUUUAUGCAAAAGCUUCACUGAAUUUCACAUCUUCACAGUACAGUAUAACAUAUAGUCAUAAAAUCAGAUUAAAAAUAUUUGCAUCUAUAUUUACGCAUGGGUGUAGCAUCUUACACAUAAUAGCUGUACUACUUGUACAUUAUAUCCAGUAGGUCAGAGCGUGUAGGCUUUCCUUCAAAUAGGCUGUGGCAUGACUGAAUCAGCCUGAAAAAUAACCAAAACCCAGCAGGUCCUAUAAAGAAACACUAAUUCAACUCAUUUCAGUUGUGGGUUAGAAGGAGAGAGAUUUAGAUCUAGGCUUUUUAAAAUGUAUUCAGAUUGGAUCCGUUAUGUGGCAGUAUCAUACCAGAAUAAAGCAGAUGAGCUCUUGUGAACCUUGAAUCCACUAACAGUUGUGCUGGUGAAGUUUCUACAUUUCCUGAAUCUGAGGCAUGAGGUUAGAAGGAUAGGUGAUAGGAGUGGUCAUCUGGUUGGUUCUGAAAUUUGAUAUAUUCCAGGCAUGUCAAUCAGCUGUUUCAAGUGCCUUGUUCUCAGGUGGGCUUACCUCAUUGUGAGUGCUUUGAAACAUACAGAUUGUUUAAGUUGCACACUUUGAAAACUUUGAAUUUUGUUAUUGUGUGUGUGUGUGUGUGUGUGUGUGUGUGUG